GGACAAAGGUGGUCGGCUGUGCUAGAGCUGGGGCAAUGUAGGGAAAGUGGUGGCUUUAGGGACCCGGACAAUGGCCGGCUGGAACUACUGUAGCCUACAGAAGGUGCAGAGCAUCCGGCAGUGGGAUCUGUGAAGAGCAACACCCUUAGGAGGUGAAGGGACUAUGGAGUCCCAAGGUCAAAGUUACCCAAAGUGGAACACUAAGGGCAGACGUGCUACCAUCUUUCCCCAGAGAGAAGGAGCCAAGACUUUGAUACCCUCUGCAAUCCCUGCUCAGCUUGAAGAGACUGCUUUCCUGACACCCAGCUACAGGACUAUCCUGAGCAGGAAAAGGGCCUUGUAUGACGUCAGGGUGAGAUGGCCAGAGCUAGUCUGCAAGGAACAGAAGGUAAUGGGAGAGGAUUCAUACGAUGUAGGAUUCCCAUAUCUCGACAGAAAGCUCACAGACGUAAGCUCCUGUUCCUCAGAGGCUAGCAUCAGCCUCAAAAAUCAGGAAAGCAGCCACAGUGAGUUCCACAACCCCUCAGAUUUUCCGGGCUGCCUUUCAGAGGCUCCUUAUGUGACCAUUCUCAACAGCUACCUGAAACCAGAGUCAAUGACACGGCUGGAGAAGAAGAUGAGGAGGAGGACCCUGGUGCUCAUGAAUCAGUUGGAGCAGGAGAAGGAAGCUGCUAAGUUUCGGAGGGCAGUGUUGCUGAAGGACACAAGGGAACUUCAGAACGAAAAGUCUUACGAGGAAGCAGAGAACAAGGCCUUCUUGGAAUUCCUGAUGAAGAAAAACCAGAAAACCCAGGAGAAGUAUGACUCCCUGUGGAAAGAUUACAUCCAGCAGUAUCAGGAGAUCGAGGACAGGAGGCGAGAGAUGGUCUCUACCUUCACCUCCCGCACCGGAAGUCUCCAGAAGCAGCUGAAGGAGAACAAAAAGCUCGAGGCCAGCUUGAAGAAGAAGCUGAAGGCUCUGGCUCCCAUCGCCAACAUAAAGGAGAGCCAGGACUGGGAGAUAGAAACCUUAGAGCUGGAGAAAGCCAGCAUAGUAGCUGACAUCCCCUUCCUGGACCGCGAGGCACACCUUCAGUUCCUGAAGGAAAGGGCCGCCUUGGCGAAGCAAGUGGAGGAUCUGAACCUGCUGGAGUCUGGAGAGGACAUCACCAGGGAGCUAAAGAAGAAGACCAAGGCCUGGGAUACCGCGGCCAAACAGGCUUACGAGGACUUCUGCCACAACAUCAAUGCUCGGAACAGGCAACUGCGAACGGAGCUCCAGCAGCUGGAUUGGGAGUUUUGCAACCUGGAGGAUAGGAGGGAGAAGCUGGAACGGAGAAAGCAGCGGUGGAAAGAGCAGCAGUGGUACCUGGAGGCUCUCACCCGGGGGAGGGAGCGCCUGCAGCAGCAGGAGCACCGCAGGCAGCAGCGGGAGCACCGCAGGCAGCAGUGGGAGCACCCAGCACUGGACCAUCUACUGGGUGCCAGGCAGAAAGCCAAUCCUAAGAAAUGGCUGCCACGUCCCAGAAAGCAGACUGGAGCUGAAGCUGGGACACUACACAGAGAAUGAGGAUGCUAUCUGAUAAUGCAGAGGACAGAGGCACCAGGGGGACAGAGGGCUGAGCUUCUCAGAGGGGCAGAGGGGUCCUGGGCUGGCCUUUCUCUCCAGCUUGUCUCCCACACAGUAGCUAGAAGGGCUAUCCUAACUGAAAGCUUCCCUGCAUUGGGAAGCUUUGUUCUUCAGAAGCUAUACCUCCCGUGCUCCCAGUACCUCCUGUGCUCCCUGUACCUCCCAUGCUCCCAAUACCUCCCGUGCUCCCUGUACCUCUCGUGCUCCCUAUUGCAGACUUUGGUGCUCAGUUCCUGGUCUAGUGUGGCCUUCAUGAUGACAGGGUGCAUCUUGUAACAGGCACCUUGCACACAGUCAGCCCAUCUCACAGUAGGAGCAUCGGUGUCUUAGGUGGGCACAGAGUGGCAUUUGGGGAACUGGGUUCUUUGCAUUUGUGUCCAGUUGAGGCCGGAUUGUUUACAGUGUUGUGGGGUGUGGUGUAGAGUGUGGCCCCCUGUUUGGGCCUUGUGCUCCUGUGUGACAAAUUACAGCCAGCUCUUCGAGUCCUGGGUGUUGCUCCAGCCUUACAUUGUAGAAUUUUAACUUUUACUUAGCUAUUAUAACAUGAACUCAUUUAAAACUGUGCCAAAAAAUGAAUUGCUGAACAUACCUUUGGCUUACAGAGUUAACUUGCAUGUGAAAUGUUCUGUUCUUAAGCAACGUUAUUAAAAAAAAAAAAAAGAAGCCAAUCUAUGAUUAUUCAAAAUAAAAGUCUGUUUAUCGUU